AUGGGCUCCGAAAAAGUUCUAAUCUUAACGGCAGUUCUGUUAAUCUUGAAAACAUGCAGCGUGCUUGGCCAAGCCCGCGUUGAAUAUCUUAACCAGCCAUAUUGCACAGCGACAGUAUCUACAACCCCAGUUAUCCAAGCAGCACCUCAACUCGUGGUACCAGCCAUCAUCAAACCAAUUGUGCAACCCUCUGAAACCUAUUCUCAAGAUAUUGCACCAACAGUACCAAAUUUCAAUAGCUUUGGGGGUUUUGGUCAAGGAUUUUUCCCCGGAAUGCCACCACCUAUGCCUCCGAUUAUCCUAGAGGACGAUGAUGACGACAAUUGGCAUCAUAUACUGUACUUCUUGCUCUUUGCCUUGAGGAAUAGACGCGGCUGUGGUGGAUUUGGCGGAGGUUAUGGUUGUGGAGGCGGUUGUGGAGGUAAUUGCGGUGGUGGUUGUGGAGGUGGUUAUGGAGGCGGUUGGGGAGGAGGUUGUGGAGGUGGUUGUGGAGGUGGCUGUGGAGGUAGCGGUGGAGGUAGUUGUGGUUGCUACGGGGGAGGUUACGGUGGGGGCUGUUCCGGAAAUUGCGGUGGUGGAUGUGGAGGAUCAUGUGGUGGUUAUAACGUUGGCUGCGGUGGAGGAUGUGGUGGUGGAUGUGGAGGUGGUUACAACAAUAACGGCUGCUUCUCGUACAUUCCUUACCCUAUCGCCGUCCCUGGACCUUACGGUUGUGGAGGUUACUAUGGCGAUAACUCAUGUGGCAAUGUGGAUGAUGGGUCAGGUUUCCAAAAUGGACAACCGAACGAAAUCAAUCUUAUUAUAAAAACAGAUUGUCAGUAA